AUGUUUGGGGUUGAAGCUUUGAAAGAUUCGCGAGAGUUCUCAGAAGCCCGUUUUGGUGAUGUCAGUACCGUACAAGGAGCUAGUAUUGGAAAGGAAACACUUCUGGCCAAUUUAGGGCCAUUCGCAGAUCUGUUAGAUCAAUAUGCCAGCAUAUGUAAUGAAGUUAUAUCACUCUUUGCAAAUGUCAUCUUACGAUUACUGGAAACAAUCAAUAAUAUUGGGUCACCCUUGGAAGUAUCAAAUCGAUUAAGAAGACAUUCUUCGAAUUGUGGUGCUGACGAUAUAAGUCGGAUUACUUGUUGCAUUUGUUUCAUCCAUGAGAAAUCCAUUUUACUGCAGCCUUGUAACCACAUUUGUGUUUGUGCUAAUUGCGUUGAAGAAUUGUUAGAAACCUAUGAGGAGCCGUUAUGUCCAUUGUGUCGUUCCGUCAUUACAUCCUAUGUUGAUGUCUAUAUUUAG